AUGGACUGCAAGGAGAGCUGCCCCAGUGUCAGCAUCCCCAGCUCUGAUGAGCACAGAGAGAAGAAGAAGAGGUUCACUGUUUAUAAAGUUCUAGUCUCAGUGGGCAGGAGCGAGUGGUUUGUCUUCAGAAGAUAUGCAGAAUUUGAUAAGCUUUACAAUACGUUAAAGAAACAGUUUCCCACUAUGGCCCUGAAGAUUCCUGCCAAGCGGAUAUUUGGUGAUAAUUUUGACCCCGAUUUUAUCAAACAAAGAAGAGCAGGACUAAAUGAAUUCAUUCAGAACUUAGUUAGGCAUCCAGAGCUUUACAACCAUCCAGAUGUCAGAGCGUUCCUUCAAAUGGACAGUCCGAAACACCAGUCAGAUCCAUCUGAAGAUGAGGAUGAAAGAAGUACUGAGAAGCUACACUCUACCUCACAGAACAUCAACCUGGGACCGUCUGGAAAUCCUCAUGCUAAACCAACAGACUUUGACUUCUUAAAAGUUAUUGGAAAAGGCAGCUUUGGCAAGGUUCUUCUUGCAAAACGGAAACUGGAUGGAAAAUUCUAUGCUGUCAAAGUGUUACAGAAAAAAAUAGUUCUCAACAGAAGAGAGCAAAAACAUAUUAUGGCUGAACGUAACGUGCUCUUGAAAAAUGUGAAGCAUCCAUUUUUGGUUGGAUUACAUUAUUCCUUCCAAACAACUGAAAAGCUUUAUUUUGUUCUGGAUUUUGUUAAUGGAGGGGAGCUGUUUUUUCACUUACAAAGAGAGCGGUCCUUUCCUGAGCACAGAGCGAGGUUCUAUGCUGCUGAAAUCGCCAGCGCGUUGGGUUACUUGCACUCCAUCAAAAUAGUGUACAGAGACUUGAAACCGGAAAAUAUUCUUUUGGAUUCUGUAGGACAUGUUGUCUUAACAGAUUUUGGGCUUUGUAAAGAAGGAAUUGCUAUUUCUGAUACCACAACAACAUUUUGUGGAACACCAGAGUACCUAGCACCUGAAGUGAUCAGAAAGCAGCCCUAUGACAAUACUGUAGAUUGGUGGUGCCUUGGUGCUGUACUGUAUGAAAUGCUGUAUGGGCUGCCUCCUUUUUAUUGCCGAGAUGUUGCUGAAAUGUAUGACAACAUUCUGCACAAGCCCCUCAAUCUGAGGCCAGGAGUGAGCCUCACAGCCUGGUCCAUUCUGGAAGAACUCCUAGAAAAAGACAGGCAGAACCGGCUUGGUGCCAAAGAAGACUUUCUUGAAAUUCAGAAUCAUCCCUUUUUUGAAUCACUCAGUUGGACAGACCUUGUACAAAAGAAGAUUCCACCACCGUUUAACCCUAAUGUGGCAGGACCAGAUGAUAUUAGGAACUUCGAUGCAGCGUUUACGGAAGAAACGGUUCCAUAUUCCGUGUGUGUGUCUACUGACUAUUCUAUAGUGAACGCCAGCGUACUGGAGGCUGACGAUGCAUUCGUUGGUUUCUCUUAUGCACCUCCUUCAGAAGACUUAUUUUUGUGA